GUUGUAUUUCCCCACUCGACCCCUCAUGGCACCCUGUUUCCUGUCUUGGAGUGAGAUGGGUCAUGGGCGAUCAACCAUCAUGUUCAAAUUCCAUCUCGUUCGCCGCCAAACAAGUAGUUUCCUCUGGGCAAUUCAAGAGACACCACGCUACAGGUCGCUGUUAACAACAGAGCAUCAUGGGCAGGAUCGCUUCUAUGGAGUAUUUCCGCGUCCCCCCGCGCUGGCUCUUUGUGAAGAUUACGGACGAGCUGGGGAAUGUCGGCUGGGGCGAGGCCUCCCUGGAGGGCCACACCCAGGCCGUCGAGGGAUGCUUGGACGCGUGGUUUGAGCGGUACAAGGGGAUGGAUCCCGACGACAUCGAGCACAUCUGGCAAAUGUCCUGGCGCACAAGCUUUUACCGCGGCGGACCUGUCUUCAUGAGCGCAUUGGCGGGCAUUGAUAUUGCGCUCUGGGACCUCAAAGCAAGGAAGCUCGGGGUUCCCAUCUACCAACUCCUUGGCGGGAAGCUGAGGGACAAGCUCAGGGUCUACGCUUGGAUUGGUGGUGACCGUCCAGGAGAUGUUGAAGCUCAAGCACUCGCCAGGAAGGCACAGGGAUUCCAUGCCGUCAAGAUGAACGCGACCGAAGACCUGGGGUGGCUGGACUCCCCGGAAGCCCUGCAGAGCUGCGUGGAUCGCGUCAAGACGGUGAAGAGUCUUGGUAUGGACGCCGGGAUCGAUUUCCACGGCAGAGUGCAUCUCCCCAUGGCGAAGCAGCUCGUCAAGGCAUUAGAGCCGCAUUCUCCGUUCUUCGUCGAAGAGCCGCUCCUCUCAGAGCACAUCGCGGGAAUCAAGAGCCUGCACCAGCUCACGUCCUGCCCCAUUGCACUAGGAGAGCGUCUUCACAGCCGAUGGGACGUGCGGCCGUUCCUGGAGGCCGGGUGCGUGGACGUCCUGCAGCCGGACAUCAGCCACGUCGGAGGCAUAUCCGAGAUGCGCCGCAUCGCCGUCAUGGCGGAGACGUACGACGUCGCCCUGGCGCCUCAUUGUCCGCUGGGACCCAUAGCGUUGGCGGCGAACUUCCAGGUGGACAUUGUCAGUGCCAAUUUCGCGAUCCAAGAGAUGAGCCUCGGCAUCCACUACAACAGCACGGGGCAGGAUAUCACGAGCUAUAUCACGAAUCCCGAUGUGUGGAAAGUUGAGGACGGCUACGUGGCCAUCCCGACGGGACCAGGGUUGGGAGUUGAGAUUGACGAGCAGCAGGUGCGGGCCUUGUCGAAGGAUGAGAAACCGUGGAUCUCGCCAGGGUUUAUCGGGCCCGGAGGUGAGAUUCGCGAAUGGUGAUGUUGGCAAAGAAUUGAAUGCAGAGCAAACAUUAGAAAGAGCGUGUCUUACUCCGAGAAUAUCCUUUCGGUGCGGCCUUGCUACCUUGUCUCUUUCACACAACAAAAACUAUAACAACCAAGUGAAGAACUUAGAAAGGAGCUGCUCGAAGCAAGCAGGCAGUCGCGUCAGUGGAGACAAACGAAAGUGCCAAGUGGUGGCAGGUGCCACCCACUGCUGUGUUUUCUCGUGGUCCUGCAACUUCUGCUUCCGAAAUCCGAAUGGAACAUCCAUC